ACCUCGCUCUUAUUGGAUGGAGGAGGCAGACCGUUUCCCUCUUACAGUGCCAUCGGUGAGGUGGCUGUCGUUCGGUGGUAGAGAGUAUCUUACUAGCUUGACGAUACUAUACUUUGUGUAGCAAAUUCAGGCUCUCCGGGACGACGCGAAGCUGGUAUUUACUCGUACGCGCAUGCGACUAGGAAGCCUAAGCCGAGGCGUCAGUAUCACAUCGUUCCGGACUGCUCGACUGGCGUACAGCGUCGCAACUGAUCAAGACGAGGAGAGACCUUGGUUGUAGGGUUGGAUGUUGGAGGGAGGGUCAUCGAGUGACUAUACUUCCCCACGCAGGAGUUGAAGGUUGGAUAUGACGUGAGCUGCACCGUUGUUGGCGGCGCAGACGGAGCAGAAGCAGCAGAGCGAGAUCGAUGGCAAGAUGAUUGCCGCCAAUGCGCGAAACCGCUCUGCAAGCAAUCGCCCAGGCACGCCGGACGAUCCUUCGCGGCAUUCCACUCCACCACCGCCCACCACCACCUUCCGCGCCCACAACUUGAGCGUCCCCACUGGCAUCGUGCUUAAUGACAUACCGGGUGCUGGGUUCGGAGACGAGCGCUCAUUGUUGAGACUUCAAGCUGGCACCAGCAGCCCAUAUCCGCAAAUCACGAACACCGCAAGCCCUGUCUCGUAUGCUGCGCCGAUCCGGCCGAGAGCGCAAACGUUCGAAGACGCGAGGAUGCAGGCAGCGCAGCAGCAAGAACAAUACAGAAGAGGCACGCCGGUGACGCCGGGAGGGACAGCGGUGCACGGGUGGCAGGUCCCGGGUGCGCGACAUGUGUCCGACCAGCAGCGGCCAGGUCAGUACAUCCCGCCCCCACCUCCACCGCCUACUGUACAUGCAUCCGCAUCGCAGGGCAUGCAGCUUCCCGGACCACCGCCGAGGCCUCCCAUGAGCGCAGCGGGCCAGACCCACAUGAUGAUACCUCCACCACCAAGCCAGCCGAAUGGCGGAUAUGCUGCCUGGAGCCGGACGCCCACCACCUACCCCCCUCCUCACGCGCCGCAAACAAGGGAGCCGCGUGCGUACGAUCCCAUGGCCUACUCUGAGUAUAUGCUGCCACCUCUGCCAGACAACCAGCCACUAACGUCUGCCACCUACUUUCCAACUGGCGACAGCUUUGGACCUGGUGUGGGCAUUCCGUCACUCCAUCCGUCACACGAUAGGCAGAACGCAGGUCUGCAGCCACCGUCCAGACCUCAUCUGCAGCAGCAGAAUAGCUACUACCGCGGUGCAUCAGGCGAGUUCUCAUCGACCAACGAAAUUGCGAUGCAGUCACAGCAACGGUAUGGUGGGGACGGCACGUAUAAUCAAGCUCAAGCAUACGGUAUCAACAUGAACACUCAGCAGGCCCAGGGAUGGCUCAGCAAUACACCAGGCCAGAUGUAUCAGCCACCGCAUUCGUAUCCACAGCAAGCGCCGACGCCACCACAACCGAACAAUUAUCCGCCUCCGACACCCACAACCCGGCAGAAAACGCUCAUUCUGCCGGCGAAGGAGACCCAGGAGCAUCCGUCGCCGGCUCAGAUGCAGAAUCCGUACUCCUUCAACGCACCUCCCACUAGUAAAUCCGACGAUUCCGCAACUCAAGCCAACCGCGAUCAUUCAUCUUCCGGAGACACGCCAGCAAGCCCCCAGGACCAGAACUGGCCGCUGGACCGCGUGCUCAUAUGGCUCGCGGCACACAGCUUUAGCAACGAGUGGCAAUCUGCUUUCCAGCACCUGAAUGUGCAUGGUUCGCUCUUUCUCGACAUCGGUCGCAGCGGGAAUCAGCGAAACAUAGGGUUCAUGCCGCAGACGAUACUGCCGCAAAUUGCGCGUGAGUGUACUAACAAUGGCAUUCCGUGGGAGCAGACCAAGGAGCGUGAGGAGUCGAGGCGUAUCCGCAGGCUAGUGAGGGACAUUUUGCGGACUGGAGGUGGCGGCACUGGCACACCAGCGACUGCCAAUUCCGCCAGUACCACAAGCCUCCCUCUGCACAAUCGGAGACAGAGCGCGCAGCUAAUGCAGUCUGCUGGGACCGAUGGCGGAGUCGAAAGUUCACCGAACCUAUCGCGGCAGGAGAUGAGCGCUUUCGGCUCUACACCAACAACAGCAGAUGCGGACUCGCCUGGCCGUACAAUGCCACCAACGAUUGCGCAGCGACGGUUCUCGCAGCAACGCUCUGCCACUCUCGACUCGUUGUCGAAAUCUGCAUUGGAUGACAAUGGGCGAAGCGGCUUCUCGUCUGCCGCGCUAGGUGCUGUCGGUGAUGUGCCACGGCGACAUUCUCCGAACGCGAGCGGCGAGUUUGCGCCUGCAGGUGGGGUGAAGUAUGUUAGCCCGCAGCAGAGUCCUGGCCUCAAUGGCCCGGCCAGGCCCACUCCGGCGGUCGCAAACGGUGUUGGCAACGGACGGUACUACGGCCACUUUAGGAAUGCUAGUGGAGAGCAGAGUAACCUUGCUCAGCCGAGCAGUGGCCGUCUUAGUGCAGGCAGCCGGGAAGCGGAGUCCGCGUUUGUCAAACCGUCCCCAGAAGACAGUAACAAGCGGCGCAACGCGACGGAAGGAUCGCGACCACCGCCUUCAGACGGUACGAGACAAACUAGUCAAGAAACACCUGCGAGUGCAAAAGAGCACAAAGGCUUCCUUGCGAAGUUCAGGCGCGACAAGAAGAAGGAAGACAAUGCCGCUGCGGAUGACAGAGAAGAGACGAGUCCAGCCUCACCGCAGGCCACACGCCCGCCUCUGUACACAAAGGCUACAAAUGCAUCUUCCGAAACUUCCUUGGCCGAUCGACCACCAAGCAGGAAGUCUCCGCACGCAAGCACGGAGUCUACGGAUUCAAUACCGCCUGUGCCACAAACGAGAGGUCGGCCUGUCACUCGGGAUGGCGAUAAGAAGUUCAUUUUUGUCACACCUGACGGCUGGAACUACCGACUGAUCGAUAUUACGGAUGUUGAGUCAGCAGAUCAGCUUCGUACGGUGAUCUGCUACAAUCUUGGUGUACCGGAAGGUCCUGACGUUGCUAUCCACAUGACGAGCCCUGGACAGGUGGAGCAUGACGAGGCACUGCACGAUCAACUACUCAUGGCAGCAUUGACGCGGAUGGCAGACUCUAGUGGCAGCUUAAAACUGUAUCUGCGGGCUCCGAGCCAAGGUGCGAAUAGCUUGCAACCAGCUGAGAGUGCAGGAUUGGGUCUAGGCUUCCCACAGAGUCCAUUCGCCAAGGCCAACUUCACCGACAAACCGCUGGACGAGGAGAUGUACCGAAGGCUCACAGAAGCUGGACAACUUGACUCGACGAGCACCAUGGGUUCGGGCGAGAGCACGCUUGUCCCGGACAAGAUAAAGCCGGUGCAGCGAUUGACCAAAGACGGCGAAGAAGGCACGCUGGACAUGAAGGAUCGGAAUGCGGCGCUGCAGGAGACUAUGCUGCAGCAAGACUUUCAGAGCUUACCGGAGCAUGAGCGGCGGGCGCUAUUGGAGGCGAAGCAAGAGGUCUACCGGAAAGACAUGGAGAGGAAGCAGCAGGCUUACCUGGAGCAGCGCAGAAGCCGGAUGUGGGACUCGGCUUCCGGAAGACGCAUUCAUGACUUCGACAAUCCUCGGGCCUCCCCGUAUACUGCUGAGAAGGAAAGGCCCACUUCUUCCGGCUCUGCGGACUUUGAGAGGAAGACAGACACACUGGUGCCCAUGCGAAAGCCGCCGCCGGUGCCGGACCCGACAGCUACCCUUGUUAAGGCGAACAGUUUGACGAAGAAGCAGGGCGUCAAUGCACGCACGAGCUGGCCACAUCGAAAAGAGGAGCCUUGGAAGCGUAUCUCUAGUGGAUCUAUCCCCGAAGAAGACGGUAAGAGGCCCGCCAGCAGUGGUAUUGCUGCAGGCAUUGCUGCGGCUGGCAAGCUUGCAGGCGCUGUCGGCACACCGUCCAGUGCGCCUGUUGCGCCUAGUAGUCUGCACAAGAGUAUGACGGCGCCUGAGCUUGGCCAAGAAACUACGCAUGCCGUGCCAAGGGCGAUGACAAGCGUUGACUUUGCAGCUGGGCGGCAGAGCCCUGGCAACGGGGCGCCUAGGAGUCCGUUCACGAUGUCGAAGGGUGGGCAACAGUUCAAGGUGCCGGAGUAUACUGACAACGAGGAUGGUCUCAACGAUGAGGAGGAUACGCUAAAGGCUAAUGGCCGUCCGAACCUCUCGCUCCGCAUGCCCUCCAAUCCUGCCCUUGGUAAACUCAAAGAUGGCGGCAGAAGCCAUAGCAUGGAACACAUAAGUCCUAGCUCUGCUCCUCCGCCAAGUCAGCUAGCCAGGGUGCAGAGCAAGCGUGGCCCGAGUUUCGAUUUACCAUCCCGGCAGGUUGACUUCGCACCGUCACCCGCCAUGCCGGAAGUGGAGGAGAACGACGAGGAUGAGGACAGCGAUGAUAACUUGUUCGCUAUCCCGCUGCGAGGCAAACCAACACCGCAAACCGCGCCGACUUCGGCUUCAGCGAGUGGUACAGCGCAGAAGAUGCUGGGCCUUCGGGGCGAUACGCCAGCUUCCGCGAGCAGAUCACCUAGUCGACCGGAGCUGAAGCUGAAGACUUCAAAGUCGAACGUGCGGUUCGACUCGCCGAAUGUGGGUGUACCGGACAAGGCGGAGGAGACGGGCGGGGUGCAAAUACCGGAGAUUCAGAAGUUUGCGCCUGAGUCGGCAGGGUCAAACAACCAGUGGUCAACGGACUCGCCGGAUGAUUCCAACGGUAUCGGUCGGCGUGAGAGCUUCGCAAGCGAUAUGUGGGCCAAUCGUCCUCCCGCUGAAGGCAUCGUGGAGCACCUUGAUGACUUCUUUCCGAAUGUCGAUCUCGAUCAACCGAUGGGCGAGGCAGAGGAAGGCGUUGGCGAAAGCAGCAGUCCGAAGUUUACCAAUGCGCCGUCCACGCUUAUCACCAAAAGUUCGUCCUCGGAUUUACUACAGUCAAGUCGUAGCACGACACCCUUCUCUAGCGCCGACGAGUCGGAUACCCUUGGCAGCGAUGAGAGCACGCUGAAGCUGCUGAAUGCUGGCUACCAGUCCUUCGCGCAGCGUACCAUGCGGAAAUCUGGCGGUCUGGGCAGGACGAAGAGUAUCCGUGAUGUGGUCAAGAACAAUUAUAACAUGCAGGCCACGUCGCAAUUUCCGUCCACGUCAUCUAGUGCAUCAAGCCGAGCGCCUAGCGGUGCGAACAUGCCGGCUGUACUUCCAAACCGGCUAAGUACGCUUCGUGGAGACGCUGCGGGUGGCGUCGUGCGUCGCAAGAGCACGAAGAUGUUCGGUGCCAGAAUCGAACAGGUCAAGCCGUCCCGUGGGAGUAGGCUCAUCAACAGCCUCGAGACCAUUCCGCAGGACACCAUACCUGAGGCAAAUGUGCAGCACGUCAGUAAGCAGGCUCCGGAGCGUCAACCGACCUUUAAGUGGAUGCGCGGUCAGCUUAUUGGGAAGGGUACCUUUGGCCGAGUGUAUCUGGCUAUGAAUACUACAACUGGUGAGCUGCUGGCCGUAAAGCAAGUCGAGGUCAAUCCCAAAGCGGCAAAUGCAGACCCGGCCAAGAUCAGGGAGAUGGUGAAAGCGCUCGAUUUGGAGAUUGACACCAUGCAGCAUUUGGACCAUGUCAACAUCGUGCAGUAUCUGGGCUGCGAGCGUAAGGAGUUCAGCAUAAGCAUUUUCCUCGAGUAUAUCCCUGGUGGCAGCGUAGGGUCCUGUUUCCGCAAACACGGCCGCUUCCAGGAACCUGUCGUCUCCUCUCUCACCCGCCAGACUCUCAACGGCUUGGCCUAUCUGCAUAGCGAAGGCAUCUUACAUCGUGAUCUCAAAGCGGACAACAUAUUGCUGGACUUAGACGGCACCUGCAAGAUCUCCGACUUCGGCAUCUCCAAGCGCUCAGCUAACCCGUACAACAACGACAUCACGAACAGCAUGCAAGGCUCCGUUUUCUGGAUGGCGCCCGAAGUCAUUCGCGCGCAGUCUCAGCCGUACAAAGACCCCAACUCGAUGGACCCGCGGCAGGCUAUGAAUCAAGGCUACAGCGCCAAGGUCGAUAUCUGGUCGCUUGGCUGCGUCGUUCUCGAAAUGUUUGCGGGCUGUAGACCGUGGAGUAAAGAGGAAGCCAUCGGCGCUAUCUACAAGCUAGGGAGUUAUCAGGCUCCGCCGAUCCCGGAUGAUGUGAGCAGUGUUGUUGGGCCGGCGGCACUGAGCUUUAUGUAUGACUGCUUCACGAUUGACCCCGGAGAGCGUCCAACGGCUGAAACGCUACUGCGUGCACCGUUCUGUAUUCUUGAUCCAAACUUCAAUUUCUUGGAUACUGACUUGUACUCGAAAAUUAGGGGUGCUUUCUGAGCACGUGCAGGUGAAGCGCAUGGUGUUGACUUGCGCUUCUGGUCAAUUUUGAGCGGAUACCCUCUUUGUUAGCGCAUGAUUUUGAGUACUAUCACGGGAAUCUGUAUGUAGGCUACGAGCGGUCCUGAUGAACAACGUAUCACGAGGCGAGGUUCAUUCACGCUGCGAACCCUGGCUACCUGGCAAUACACAUCUCCCAGGCUUGUGUAUGAAGCGUAGUAAUGUCAGGUCCGUGCACGCUGCACG